GGCCUCCAAAGGGUCUUCCAGCAGCUCAUCUGCGUGAACCGGCAGGUUACGGCCUGGGAGCUGUGUGAGGAGCUGAGCGCCAGCUGCAGCGCGCUGGGAGUGAUGGUGGAGAUGUGGGGCUGUCGUGGUGUGCGCCACGUGGGUCCCACGAAUGCUCACUCGGGAACAGAAAGAGCCCCGCGUGUGUGUUUGCCAGGACCUACUGAACCAAUAUGAGGCUGAAGGUGACAGUUUCCUAGGUCGCAUCAUUACCGGUGAUGAGAAGUGGUGCAGCGUGGACGAGAGGAAAAGCAAAGGCAACCCCUCCCGCUGCCCACGGCCGCCAGCAGUCGGCGCCCGCCGGAUCUCACGGAGGAAGCGGUCCUCCCGCCCUGCAGGGGGCGCUGCGCCGCGGUGGGCGGGGCCGGGCGAGCGGGCAUUCCCCCUCCACUUCCGGCCGGCGGGGCGCAUGGCGGGGGCCGGACGAACGGUAGAGCCGGCCGCUUCCCGGGAGCUGCUGGCUGCGGGGCGCCGCGGAGGGCUGGAAGAAACAUUACUCAUUAGUUCAAAGCCGAGCAGCAAGAAGCGUACAGCUUUACAGACCGUUAGGGUGCCAAGGAGUAAUGUUUUGGACAGAGUGCAGAGCUUUUUACCGCAGAUGGCGCAUGCAAAUGAUGAGCUGAAAAGAAAAAUGGUAACAACGCCAGCUCAUCAGUUUGAUAUUGAAAAUCUCGACAGUGCCACAGAAAAAGUUAUAGAAAUGAAUGUGGCUGUAGUUGAACUGAGUGAUUCUGAUACAGAUGAAGAGAAUCUAACUUCAGAAGAUGAUUCAGAAUCUGAAGAUGACUGUACAACUGGUGAAGUGACAAUAGACAACAUUAAGUUUCCUAAACAAAAAGGAGAAAAGGGCAAAAUAGAAGUUUUGGACAGCAAAGUGAAUGAGUGAAACCAUUUUUAUUGUACUUAAAAAAAGUAAUAAUAAUCAAACCACAUUUUCUUACUUUGAAGUCUUAGCCCUUAAACGGCCUUGUUUCCCCACAUGAGAUUUCCCAGGGUCCUGUGAAAUGCUAUCGUUUACAUGGUGGAGAAUGCAGGAUCCGCUCAUGGCUGUGAAGCAAGCCACAUCUCUGAAGAACUAAGUAAUGUCUUAUCAAACAACAUCGAAAUUCCAAGCUUCCUUGUGAGAUUAGACUAAGAAAGCAGCUACAAGUUGGGAUGCUUGAGCAGAAAGGCGUACUGCAGAGCUAGUUAAGAAAAUUCUUGUUCUGUUGCUUUGUUGAAGAAAGAUUUUUGUAGUGUGCUUAGAAGAAAGUUCUGCUUCGAGGGCAGGAAAAAACUGACAAGGAAAAAUCUGUUUUUUAUUAUGUCCUGUAAAGUGUUAUGUACAAUGUCUUCAAUAUUAAACGUUACCUUAAAGUACAUUA